UAAAAGAAUGGUCGAAACUGAAGCAUCAGGCAGAGGUAUGCUUUUAUCCAGUUAGAGUAUGGGUCAAGCUCCCAAACUGCUAGAUCCUACAAUUCUCAUGAUGCAACCAACAGCAAGACCAAGCUGCGAUAACCAUGAUGCUUUUAGGUCAUCAGGAUACUGAUCACUUUCUGUGUACAUUUGGUGGAGGUCUCCCUUAAAAGCAACUUCUGUCUUGUAAACCACUUUCCAGCACAAACUCUGUAACAAUCAGCGUGGGAAAUACCAUGAUUGGGUGUAAAUGCAUGGGAUUGGGAAGAUGAUUAGCACAGAGCCAGGCUCUCUGUGCAAAAAUAGCUAAGCUAGACUAACCACGUCCAGACUGUUGCUUUGUGCUUAACAGACAGACGCUGAAAUCCAUCUUUUGAUCUCACUCUCGGAAAGAAACAAAUGGGCAGACAAUUUAUUCAUUGAAAAACCAUAAAAUUAAACAAAAUGGAAAGUCAUGAGAACAGAUAAAAUAUUUUGGGAACUAUACAGUCCAUAGAAAGACAACAUACAUUCCACAGAUUAGAAAUGAAGGUCUGUAGUUAGGGAAUCUUUCUGUUCAUGUUUUGGUCCAGAUGUCAGUCCAAACGUCCGUCAUCAGGAGACGACUGGGGAUCCGAGCUGCUUUCCAAGUCCUUAGCUGCCAGGGAGCUCGACAGGCUACUGAGGAGCGGGUGUGUGUUGAUGCGCUGCUGGAGGUGAUGUCCAGGGUCCAGAUGAAGAGCUACUACAGAGCGGCCAUCACUACGGAGACGCGGCAAUAUGCAGACGUCGGCUACAUGGAUCGUGAGCAGUUCAGGAGGAUAUUUGAUGAACUGGAUAAAGAUCUCAUUAAGGAGCACCCUCCUUUGCCCCAGUACAACUCUCCAGUCCUGCAGAGACUCCAGGUGAUCUUCAGCCACUACUAUCUCACCAUACUCGGCAACGCUGUGGCGCUGGUCAAUGUCAUGUGCAUAUGUACUCUCCUGGUUUUGAACUCUGAAAAGUCCACAGUCGAGAGAGACAACUUCAUCAUGGAGAUCAUCAACCUGUGCUUCAUCCUCUAUUACCUGUUUGAAAUGUGCGUGAAGAUCUUUGCCUUUGGCUGGAGGGGGUACCUGUCCUACAGAAACAACAUCUUUGACGGCUUCCUCACCAUCCUGCUAUUGGUAACACUGCGCUAACCCACACACUGUUGGUCAACAUACCGACCUACCUGCUAAGUAAUGAG